AUGGCUCCCGGAGCCGGAAAGAGUGUCUUCCUGGGGAAUAUCCCCUAUAACCUCACGGAAGAACAAGUCAAAGACAUCCUCAGCUCCGCCGGCACAGUAACCAAGUUCCGCCUGAUGAUGAACCCCGAGACUGGUAAACCCAAAGGUUACGGUUUCGCCGACUUCGCCGACGCCGAUGCGGCCGCCUCCGCUGUCCGCAACCUGAACGACUACGAGAUCAUGGGCCGCAAGAUUCGGGUCGAUUGGCCACACAACAAUGAAAAGGACUCCAUACCCCCCGACUACUCCCAGCUCUCUGCACCCGCUGUCCAAGACGGCUCUCAACAGCAACAACAGCAACAGUCCGCGCCUCUCCCUCCUCUGCCCCCAGGUGUCGAAGUUCCCCCGCACCUCGAUUGCCCCAACGCCAUCUCCCAGACACUCGCUUCCCUGCCGCCGAACCAGCUCCUCGAUGUCCUCUCCCAGAUGAAGUCGCUUGUCAUGGCGGAUCCCGCCAGAGCGACAGAACUGCUACGCCAAGCCCCUCAGCUCGCCUACGCAAUUUUCCAAGCCUUGCUUCUCAUGAACCUGGUCGAUUACGGUGCCCUCGGCUCGGUGGUGGAACAAGCGAGCCAACCUAGUGCACCUGCACCCCCUCCUGCCGCUGCGCAAGCCUUCCAGCCCUUCUCCGCUGUACCGGGACCGGUUUCUACGCCUCCAAUGGUCAACACUCCUUUCGCUGCCGCUGCACCGCCGCAACAACCCCCGCAGGCUAUGCCAGGACAGGAAGAGCUUCUACAGCAAGUCCUCAGUAUGCCGCAGGCUGCGAUCGAUGCGCUCCCACCCAUGGAGCGCAGCCAGAUCAUGCUCCUCCGGCAGCAGUUGAUGCAGGGUGCUAUGCGGUGA